UUGUUGUUGGCUAGUUUUUCGAAAAAUCCCCAGAUAGCUAAUAUAUAAGAGACUUAAUUUCUAGCGCAGGCAGAUACUCGAAGGCUUUUGUUGGAAACAGAACUAAAUAACAAAUUAACAAAAUGAAAUACUUGGUUGUUCUUGCUUGUGUUGUUGUUGCGGCUGUGGCUAGUAACCUGCCCAACCUACCCGAAGGCGAAAGACUUAAACUAGCUCAAGUCCACAGAGACUGCCAAGCCGACCCAAAAACGCACGUCGACGAAGACAAACUUAGGAAACUCCCAAACUUUGUUGAAGAUAAACAAGUUGGUGUUCAUAUGCGAUGCAUGGUAGUAAAAGCAGGAUUAAUGAAGCAAAACGGAAAAUUGGACGUUCCCAGUAUUACCGAAAAAUUCCGUUUGGUGAUCAAGGAUGCUUCCAAGGUUAACGCAUUAGUCCAACAGUGUGCUGUUGAUUCUGAAACUCCCGAAAAGACAUCUAUUCUGUUCACCCUUUGCUGUGUCAAAAAUGACAUUCAGUAUUACCACAAAUUGUAAAGAAAUAUAGGUCAAUAAACAUAUUAUUUUAA